AUGGUUCAUAAAGUAGUAUUCAUUGUUUCCAUAUUUCUCAAUGUUAUACUUUCUAUUUUUCUAAUUUAUAAUAAUUUUGAUAAAAUAAGAGUUUAUACACAUGCCAGAGAAGUUACCAAACUCACCUUAUUUUCUGCCUGGAUAUUCUACACAUUUUGCGCAAUUUUUAAAGGCGCAUUCACUGCAGUUGACCGGCAAAAUGUAGUACCAAAGUUGGAGAAGGUCAGGAGAGAUAUCAUCACUGGAUAUGGAUUAAUUACAAUGCUGGCAAUUGUUCCAAGUUUCUUAGUAGUUUUGGUCCGGGAUUCGCCCUUGAUAAUCUACCCAUUUGUCUUCAUUUCCAACUUCUCUUCGAUUUUCAUAUUUCUAUUCUUCAUUGUCGCUCAUUUCGACAACUACAGCAUCCUUCAUAAACCAUUAAAAUUCAAAGCCAUAAUUACCCUCGUCCAAUUAGCACUCUCGCUAAUUGCCUCUCUUUUGACUUGGACAUUUUCAACCACUGAAAAUGCGAGUACCGUGUUCUACAUCACCAUCUGGUACACUGUAUUCUUUUCUGCUGGAAUUGCUGAAUUUUUCGCUAUUUUACGAUUUGGAGUCAAAAUAAAAUACGGCGAAGAAGACCGUGUUGGAGUCUAUGAACAAAGAGAGAUUGGAGGAAAAAUUGAUUAUAGACCUCCCGGCACAACAACUAGCUCAGCACGACGGACAACCAUGGCUAGUAUGGUCAGGGCUCAGAAUCCGGAGAGUGCAAUGGAAGUGAGCAUAUUCAACGAAAUUGAGGACGUUCCUCAAAACCAUACUAGUUAUAUAAAAAUCAGUCAAUGCAAAAUCUGCACUCAAGAAUAUAACGGUACAUUAAUCCCAAGAAUUCUUAUCACGUGUGGACAUACAGUAUGCGAGGUAUGCAUCAACAAUCUUCUAGACGAAAACCAUUCGGUUGUUUGUCCAUUCUGCCGAAAAUCUACAAGUGUUCCAGAUCACAAGCUGCGCCCAACCGUCCGUCUUCAUUGGAAAUCCCAAAAUCUCCAACGAUGUCCCCGAAGAUCACAUGGAGUCCAAUCCAAUCGUCGUCUAUCGGCAGCCCAAGCACAUUCGUCAACAUCGCAAACCCAUCCAGUUGAUUACCUGCCGCAAAGCCAAAUAGAAGCUCAGAAGCUACCGACCUCGUCAUACCCUUCUUGGCGCGACCCAGCAGACACCAAGGGGCCAUUCAAUCCCAUCACCAAGCACUUGGACCGACGCUGCUCCGUCGAUGAGCCACCAGCUCUGCAGGCACAAAACGAGAUGGAUCGAACACUGGGACGUGGAAGUAACUGGAGAAAGCUCGAGGAGUUCAAAGGACCUCAAGAAGAAGAAGAAGAAGGACAUCUGGAUGUGGAUGGAGAGAAGAGAAUAGUUUGUUAA